AUGAAACGAAAACAACGUAUUCUGCUGGACAAGAAAAUUUCUGUCCAACGAUUUCCUCAUUUCUUCAAUAGAACUAUUCGAACAUUAAAAGAAACACAUCUUAAAGCUACUGAAAUUCGAAAUUUUUUAUUUUUUUUUAUUUUACCUAUGGUCCGAAAUUUAAUUCAUUAUGAUACAGUUGCCCAUCUUGGGCUUUUUGUAACUGGAAUUCGACUGCUUCAUGGUCCUCGAGUUUUUGGUGAUAAAACAGCUGAUGUAGCACAUGAUCUUUUAACAACAUUUUAUCAUGAUCAUGAAAGACAAUAUGAAGAAUUGAAACCUUCAAUUGUUGAACCUGCAGGUGUUUUUGAUGAAACAACUAUACCAGUUGAACUUGUUCAGAUGAUAUCAAGUGUACAUGCAAGUAUUUGUCAAUGUCAGGUUCUUAAUCAAUGUAUCAAAUUUUAUCGUCGAUUUAGACACAAAAACCAAAUUAUUUUUCAUUCAUUAGCAUAUACAAAGAGACAGUCAUCUGUAUCUUAUUUUGUUAAAUACAAUUCUUUAUUUGGUAGUAUUAUUACAUUUAUGUCCUGUAAUGAUAAACAAUAUGCCAUUAUUAAACGAUAUCCAAUUAAGAAAUUGUUUUCCGAUUAUUUCGUUUCAUCACCUUACUAUGGUCGUCUUAUGAAACCACUUGACACAUUUUUUUUUGUUCUCGAAAAAGUAUCUUUUCAAUUUGAUCUUGUUGAUGUUUAUAGUUCAUUGUAUAUGUGUGUCGUUAUAGAAGAAGAUGAUUGUCUUAUUGUUUCUCCUAUUUCAGUUUAUCAUGAACAUGAUUGA